UUCAAGCUACCAACAUUCCUGAGAAUUUAACCUUCGACUCUUGUGAGCUGGUCCAAGCUGGCAGCAGUGCAGUCCAGGUGACCACCAUGUCAGUGAGAGUGCGCUUCCUGUCCUCCGGGGACACGGGGACCGUGGGGGUCAUGGGCCGGAGUGCCUCCUUCGCGGGCUUCAGCAGCACCCAGGGCCGGAGGAUCUCAAAGUCCGUCCACAGGAACUCAGUGAGGUCCCGGAUGCCCGUGAAAUCCUCCAAGACGUACGGCACGCUGCGGAAGGGGUGCGUCUGCUCGGACCCCAAGCCCCAGCAAGUGAAGAAGAUCUUCGAAGCGCUGAAGAGGGGGCUCAAGGAGCAUCUGUGCGCCCAGCAGGCUGAGCUGGAUUUCCUGACAGGACGCCACAAGGACACCCGCAGGAAUUCCAGGCUGGCUUUCUAUUACGACCUGGACAAGCAAACACGCUCAGUGGAGAGGCACAUUCGGAAGAUGGAGUUUCACAUCAGCAAGGUGGACGAGCUCUACGAGGGCUACUGCAUCCAGUGCCGCCUGCGCGACGGCGCCUCCAACAUGCAGCGGGCCUUCUCCCGGUGCCCGCCCAGCCGCGCCUCCCGAGAGAGCCUGCAGGAGCUGGGCCGCAGCCUGCAGGAGUGCACCGAGGACAUGUGGCUCAUCGAGGGGGCCCUGGAGGUUCACCUGGGCGAGUUCCACGUCAGGAUGAAAGGCUUGGUGGGCUACGCACGUCUUUGUCCUGGAGACCAGUACGAGGUGCUCCUGCGUCUGGGCCGCCAGCGAUGGAAGCUGCGGGGCCGCAUCGAGUCUGACGACAGCCAGACCUGGGACGAGGAGGAGAAGGCCUUCAUUCCUACCCUGCACGAGAACUUCGAGAUCAAGGGCAGGUGCUGCAGGAGCAACGGGGCAGACACACACUUCCCCUACUCUGGUGCCCGUUCUGACCAGUUGGGGCCCGUCUGUCCUUUCUCCCUGGGGGUGAGCUGGGUGGACGUGGAUGGCCCACUGGAUACCGAGAGCUUCCUGGUGUCACCCAGCGCCCCGGGCAAGUUCUCCAUAGGCAGCAGGAGGGGCUCCUUGUACAACUGGACACCCCCAAACACCCCCAGCUUCCGGGAGAGAUACUACCUGUCUGUCCUGCAGCCGCGGGCACAGCAGGCCUUGCUGCUGAACAGGCCAAGGGCCCCCUCGGUCCUCAGCUGCCUGUCCGAUGGCGACCUUCAGAGCCCUGGCCUGAGGAGCCGCAGUCAGGAGCUGCCCGAGAUGGACUCCUCCAGCUCCGAGGACCCCCGAGACACGGAGCCCAGCAUGUCAGCAUCCACCUUGGACGUGGGCGUCCUGCCCGCGGCCAUGGGCCCCAACUCCUCCAUUGAAGAGGAGGCCCAAGAGGACCCCCCGCCCCUGGGCCUCCUGCCGGACAUGCUGCGCUUGGCGCAGGGCUCGUUCGUGGAGCAGCCGGGCUGGAGAGACUUGGGGGUGGGAACCCCCGACCUGUCACGGGGCUCCCCCUUCCACAACCACGGGCUCCCGGGGAGCCAGGAGGGCCCUGACGAAGGAGACCCCGAGGACACGGCGGGUAGGCCUGGGCUGCCCCUCGAGAGGCCUCUGCAGGAGGUCCUGGACCUACUGAGGCCCAUGGACCCCGCGCCGCCGCAGCUCCGGGAGCUGGAGUACCAGGUCCUCGCCUUCAGGGACCGGCUGAAGCCCCGCCGAGCUCGCCGGGAGCAUGCAUCCGCCGAGAGCCUGAUGGAGUGCAUCCUGGAGAGCUUCUCCUUCCUCAACGCCCACAUCGCCCCCCACGAGUUGGCCCUGUUUGGGGAAGCCCAGGGCCUGCGAAAGGACAAGAGUCCACCUCCACCACCAUCGCUGAAAGCGUCGUCCCGGGAGCUCACGGCUGGCUCCCCAGAGCUGGACGUGCUGCUCACAGUUCACCUCCAGGUCUGCAAAGCGCUGCUGCAGAAACUGGGCUCCCCUAAUCUGUCGAGGAUGGUCCAGGAGUGCCUUCUGGAAGAAGCUGCACAGCAGAAGCAGGUUCUGGAGACGCUGUCCGUGCUUGACUUUGAGAAGGUCAGCAAAGCGAUGUCCAUUGAGGAGAUCUUCCCGCAGGCCACACGGAGGAAGGGCUGCCUGAAGCUCUGGAGAGGCUGCAUGGGGCCCGGCGCCGCCCUGUCCUGCCCGGGGAUGAUGCUGCUGGACCAGCUCAAGAAGACGUUCCUGCACAGAGUCAGAGGGAAAUACCCGGGACAGCUCGAGAUAGCCUGUCGCAGGCUCCUGGAGCAGGUGGUCAGCUGCAGCGGGCUGCUGCCUGGAGCCGGGCUCCCCGAGGAACAGACCGUCACCUGGUUCCAGUUUCACAGCUACCUGCGGAGGCAGAGCGUCUCCGACCUGGAGAAGCACUUUGCCCAGCUCACCAAAGAAGUAACGCUCUUGGAGGAGCUGCAGUGUGGGCCCCAAGCCAGGACAGUCAGGAAGCUGCAGGGGAAGCGGCUGGGCCAGCUCCAGCCCCUGCCGCAGACACUGAGGGCCUGGGCGCUGCUCCAGCUGGACGGACCCCCCCGGGCGUGCAGAGCGGCCAGCGCCCGCCUGGCUGGUGCGGCCAGAAACAAGAGCUUUCGGGAAAAGGCCUUGCUCUUCUACACCAAUGCCCUGACUGAAAAUGAUGCAAAACUCCAGCAAGCUGCAUGCGUGGCGCUAAGACAUCUCCGGGGCGUGGAAAGCAUCGAUCAGCUCGCCAGCCUGUGCUGGUCUGACGUGGAGGCUGUGCGCGCGGCUGCCCGGGAAACCACGCUGUCUUUUGGGGAGAAAGGCCGCUUGGCUUUUGAGAAGAUGGACAGGCUCUGCUCAGAACAGAGAGAAGCGGCCUUUGGCCAGGAGGCAGACGUUGAAAUCACAAUCUUUUAAAAAGCCUCAGCUGACGGGCUCAAAUCCGGCAUCCCUGUCUGUGCUGUGCCUGGCCCCAACACAGGGAGGAUUUUGGGGGGGGGGUGCAGCAGUGGGGGGCAGGCUGAGUGCUCCCCCAGAAGCGUCAGCUGGCCAAGCUGCUCCCUGACCGUCCCGGCCAGUUAUGAAGCCCCGGGGCAGAGCAAGCACCGCACUUUGAGGGCCGCACUCCGGUCCGCCUUUGGCUUUGAGCA